GUCUCUCUCGCUCGCUCUCUCUCUUUUUGGCUUCGACGCCCCUCAAAGUGUGCGCGUGAGGGCGUGAGGGAGGGGGUCGCCGCGAGGAAGGCCAGGAAAAAGCCGUCCCCUCCACCAUGCCUGCUGCGGAAGAGAAAUUUAAGGAGAUUUGACCCACGCAAACUUUCAGCUUUUUUUUUGGGCCAUUGUGAUUUGCUUUGGACUUGUCCGAUGGAGCUGGCCGAAAAAACACCCAUUGCAAGGGCCUUCACCAUGGUCAACGAGAUUCUUCCGAUGAGCAACGGCCUUGGCACCCGCUCUGAUGGCGGCAACAGCAGCAGCAGUGGGGAGAGUUCCCAAAACAGCUCCCGCUGCUCCACCCCCAUCCUGGACACAGAGCGUCAUGAGCGCCUGCGGGAAAAAAUGCGUCGCCGUCAGGAAUCCGGUGACAAGUGGUUUUCCCUGGAAUUCUUCCCUCCCCGGACAGCCAACGGAGCCGUGAAUCUCAUCUCCAGGUUCGACCGCAUGGGGGCAGGCGGCCCCCUUUUCAUCGACGUCACUUGGCAUCCGGCUGGCGAUCCGGGCUCUGAUAAGGAGACCUCGUCCAUGAUGAUGGCCACCACUGCCCUCAACUACUGCGGGCUAGAGACCAUUCUCCACAUGACCUGUUGCAACCAGAGCAGGGAAACCAUCACUGCCCACCUGCAGAAGGCCAAACGUUUGGGGCUGAAGAACAUUAUGGCGCUGCGAGGAGAUCCUGUCGGGGAAGAAUGGGAAGAAGAACUGGACGGCUUCAACCAUGCAGUGGAUCUGGUGAAGCACAUCCGUCAGGAGUUUGACGAUUAUUUUGACCUCUGUGUGGCCGGUUACCCUGGGGGGCAUCCCGAGGCCAACAGCUACAUCGAUGACUUGAAACACCUCAAGGAAAAAGUGUCCGCAGGAGCCGAUUUUGUCAUUACGCAGCUAUUUUUCCGGACGGAAACCUUCCUCAAAUUUCUAAUGGACUGCCAGGCCAUCGGCAUCAGCUGCCCCGUGGUGCCUGGGAUAUUCCCCAUCCAGGGCUAUCAUUCUCUGCGCCAGCUUGUGAAGCUCUCAAAACUGGUGGUGCCUCAGGAAAUCAAGGACGUCAUUGAACCCAUCAAGGACAACGAUGCGGCCAUCAGGAACUAUGGCAUUGAACUGGCCGUCAAGAUGUGCCAAGAACUCUUAGAGAGCGGCCUGGUCCACGGUCUGCAUUUCUACACCCUGAAUCGCGAGGUGGCCACCAUGGAGAUCCUCCGACGGUUGGGCCUCUGGAAAGAAGACCCAAGGCGUCCCUUGCCAUGGGCAGUCAGCGCUCACCCCAAACGGCGAGUCGAAGACGUCCGGCCUAUUUUCUGGGCUUCCCGGCCGAAGAGCUACAUCUAUCGGACGCAGGAGUGGGACGAAUUCCCCAACGGACGAUGGGGCAACUCUUCGUCCCCCGCCUUCGGGGAGCUGAAAGACUACUAUCUUUUCUACUUGAAGAGCAAGUCUGCCCGAGAAGAACUGCUGAAGAUGUGGGGAGAAGAGCUGACCUGCGAGCAGAGCGUCUACGAAGUCUUCAGGUGCUACAUCGCCGGGGAGGCCAACCGAAAUGGACACAAGGUCACCUGUUUGCCAUGGAACGAUGACCCCCUGGCCGCUGAGACCAACCUCAUGAAAGACGAGCUGGUUAAAGUCAACCGGAGAGGCAUUCUGACCAUCAACUCCCAGCCUAACAUCAACGGAAAGCCUUCCACGGACCCCAUCGUGGGUUGGGGACCAGAAGGCGGCUACGUCUUCCAGAAGGCUUACCUGGAGUUUUUUACCUCCGCCGAGAACAUCAAAGCUCUUCUCACAGUUCUGAAAAAAUACGGAGAGCGUGUGAAUUACCACAUCGUCAACGUGAAGGGAGAGAACGUCACCAAUGCUCACGAGAUGCAGCCCAACGCUGUCACAUGGGGGAUCUUCCCCGGAAGAGAGAUCAUCCAGCCCACAGUGGUGGAUCCAGUUAGCUUCAUGUACUGGAAGGAUGAGGCCUUCACCUUGUGGAUAGAGCAGUGGGCCAAGCUCUACGAAGAAGAAUCCCCUUCUCGGAUGAUCAUCCAGUACAUUCACGACAACUAUUACCUGGUCAACUUAGUGGACAACGACUUCCCCUUGGAGAGUUGUCUCUGGCAGGUAUUGGAAGACACCUACGAACAGUUGAACAGUCCAGGAGAGGAAGCGAAAACCUCUGGAGUUUGAAAACGGGGACUUUACAACACUUUUUACCACCAUCGCAACGAACGGCAGCUGAGCAACCUAGUAGAACUCUGGUGCUGCUGAUUUUUCUAGUUUUUUAAUCAGAUUUUCGAUGACGGGUGCUCUAAACCGGCAGUCCCCGGUUUGGCGGCCUGGUGGGUUGUGAUGUGUGUGUGUGUGUGUGUGAGUGAGUGCAGGUGCACGCACGCAUUCACAGCUCCAACAGAGCUUUGUGCACAAGUGGAGGGGGACAUCAGCGGAGGGUGCUUGGGCUCACGCGUGAAGCUCCCCUUGCACGAAGGGAGGCCGCUUGCACGAGUGCGCAAAGCUCCAUUCGCACGGAGAUUGGCGUGCGAAUACAAGGGGGUCACACGAGUGCGCCUUCCACUCGUGUGAGCGGAGCUCUGUGUGCAAAGCACGUUUGCCUGUCAUGCGUGUAAGCGGAGCGUCACUCUUGUCCAUUUCUCCUUGGGGACACCUCCUCUAAACUUCCUAAAGACCAACCACGGCCAGCUUGGCUGAGACUUCCAACCUAUCCGUCUUUUUAGUUCUCCUACAAUCUACCCCUAUUUAUUUUGAUUUUUGUAAGAGGCAUCGAGAAUUACCUUCCUUGUUGUUGUUUUUUUUUUGGGGGGGGGAAUGGCAGCCAGUGGAACCUUUGUAAAGGGACGAAAAAUGAAAUAAAACGACUCACACAUAAGGCCUCCUGGCGUGGCCUCACAAGGAGAAUGGCUUUGUCUGAAGGCGGCGUCUCGGGGGUCUCCAAUGCCAAGGAAAAGUUUGCCCCCACCCUCCUGCCUGGCAGAAAGGGCACCGAGCCCACCUGUCUCAAGAUAAGAGCGUUGGAAGGGACCUUGGAGGUCAUCUAGUCC